UUGGAAAAAUGUUGCGACAUUCAUCAAACUUUGAAGUAGAAGAUUCAGAUCUUCAGUAUUACUUUCAAAUAUUACAGCAAUUACUUUCUGACCGUGUGUAUUUAGCUACAGACACCCAUGCGCAGAAUGUUAAACUGAAACUUAUACAGUUAGAAAAUGACACUCUUGUCAUUGGUAAAGAUGAUAUUAGAAAAGUACUAGACGAUGUGUCAACAGUAAUUCAAGACAAGAUAAAGGCUGGAUUAGAUGAUCAACAUGACAUAAUUAAACAAGAUAUGAUCAAAAGAAAAAAAGAAGAUCUUCUAUCUCUUGAGUCUAAAACUGCCGAGGGAAUUUUACAGAUACAAGGUAUAACGGAUGCUUCUGUGAAAAGAUUAAAUGACGAAAGGGGCAAAGAAAUUGAUACAAUUCAUAAACAAGGAAAUAAAGAACGAACAGGCCUGGCUGAAUUAGGAGAGACGUUACAAAAAGAACUGAAAACAACAAAUAAAGCCGAGAAAGAAGAACAAUAUCUAUCUCUUGAGUCUAAAACUGCCGAGGGAAUGACACAGAUACAAGAUAAAACUGAUGUUUCUGUGAAAAGAUUAAAUGACGAAAGGGACAAAGAAGUUGAUACAAUUCAUAAACACGGAGAUAAAGAACGAACAGGCCUGGCGGAAUUAGGAGAGACGUUACAAAAAGAACUGAAAACACUAAGUAAAGCCGAGAAAGAAGAACAGUAUAUUGAUUCUACACAAAGUAAGUGAUAUAACAUUGUCAAACUAUUUAUCACAUGACUUCAUGUUUUCCAUGUGAUAUUACUAUUACGAAUUUCUUUUUCAUUUCCGAGUCCAAAAUGCCCAUAUCAAAGUAAUACUGCACUCGAAGUGAUUGUAUUGGUAAUAUACAUUCUUGCUAUACUAAGACACUAGAGUGGCUGAUCUUAGGUACCGUCUUUUAUUUAAUGUCUUUUAAUGUAAAAUUAAAGAGUUCGUUAUUCAUUGUUGAGUACCAUACUUA